GUUUCUUCGCGGCGGUUGUGCGUGUGUGAACUCUCACCGAUUUGAAUUUUUACUUUCAAACCGCAGCGUUCAAAAGUGAUUUAUCCGGUGGAAUUUCGGGUACGACUGGUUAACGGUGCUUCAAUUGACCGAGAAGGUAUGAAUUUAGUUUGUUUAAAGUGUUGAAAAUAGUGGAAAAGUUGAUUUUUCAUCACCGUCUGGGGGAAGCGCGGCUGCAAGUCUGAAAUCAUACAGGAAGAAAAAGCAAAACCUUGACAGGAAAUAAGAAGAAGGCGUAUUAUUUUUGUGUGGCCUCCAUUCUCAAAAAAAGUUGGCCGUUCGGUGUUUGAGCGCGCUUGAGUUGUGUUUGUGAAAAAGUUACAUCAGUGAGAUAAACCUACCGCUCCUAAAUGUCUCAGAAGUCGAAAAGAUCCGGCGUUUCGACGCCAGUGCCGGUAUCGGCCAGUACCCCGGUUCAGGGAGCUGGCAGUUCCGGAAUCCACCAUGGCCGCCCUUCGAGUCCAUUGAGCCCAACCCGGUUCAGUCGGCUGCAGGAGAAAACAGAUUUGCAGAAUCUGAACGACCGGUUGGCAUGUUACAUUGAUAGGGUCCGGUUCCUGGAGGCCGAAAACAACCGGCUUACCAUGGAAGUGCGCACCUCCCAGGAAACGGUGACCCGGGAGGUUUCCAACAUCAAGCAGAUGUACGAGCACGAGCUGUCCGACGCACGGAAAUUGCUGGACGAAACGGCCCGGGAGAAGGCCAAGCUCGAGAUCGAUGCCAAGCGGAUAUGGGAGGAGAAUGACGAUCUGAAGAAGAAACUUGAUCGCAAAACAAAGGAAGCAGCCGACUUCGAGCGAAGCGCCCGUGCCAACGAAGCCCGCGCCAAUGAGCUGUCCAGCAAGUACAACACAGCGAUGUCCGAGCGCAAGAAGGCUCAGGAUGAGCUCAAAGAGCUGGAGAAAGAAAUCGCCCGGCUACGGAAGCAGCUGGAAACCCUACGCAAGAAUCUGGAGGAGGAAACGCUGGCCCGCGUCGAUCUGGAGAACACCGUCCAGAGCCUGCGGGAGGAACUGACCUUCAAGGAUCAGGUGCACCAGCAGGAACUGACCGAGACCAAGACUCGCCGGCAGGUCGAAAUCAGCGAGAUCGAUGGCAUCCUCUCGGAGCAGUACGAAGCCAAAUUGCAGCAAACACUUCAGGAGCUGCGUGACCAGUACGACGGCCAGAUGCGUGCCAAUCGGGAUGAAAUUUCAGAUCUGUAUGAGUCUCGCCUACGUGAUCUUGAAGGCCAGCUGAAUCUGGAACGUCAACGUCACGCCGAGGAGAAGAGCAAGCUUCUGGACGAAAUCGAGCGUCUGCGUAAGGAAAUUUCGCUGCAACUGCAGGAAUACCAGGACCUUAUGGAUAUCAAAAUCUCGCUGGACAUGGAAAUUGCCGCGUACGAUCGAUUGCUCGCUUCGGAGGAGGUUCGGUUGAACAUCACACCCGGCAGUCAGUCCGCCAUCUUCCAAACGUCGACCAGCAGCAGCACCACGGGACGUUCGGCCGCCAUGCGGAGGACCCCGCAGAGAGCGGGAGCCAAGCGCAAGCGAACGGUCUUGGAGGAAUCGGAUGAGCGCAGCGUGUCGGACUACUCGGUCACUUCUUCGGCCAAGGGAGACAUCGAGAUCUCCGAAGUGGACCCGGAGGGAAAGUUCGUCAAACUGCACAACAAGUCUGCUAAGGAAGUUCAAAUCGGCGGAUGGACGCUGGUGCGCAAGGUCGGUUCCGACGAAACCGUGUUCAAGUUCCACCGAACGGUAAAGGUCGAUGGUGGUGCUUUCGUGACGGUUUGGUCCUCAGAUCUGGGCCAGACGCACGAUCCUCCGAGCACGAUCGUUAUGAAGGGUCAGAAAUGGUUCAGCGGAGACAACAUGACCACCGCGCUGCAGAAUGCUGAGGGAGAGGAAGUAGCUGCCUCGGAACGUGUAAAACGCAUCGUGUCUACUGCCGCCUCCCGCCAUCGGGAAUACCUCGGUUCUUACAGUGGAGAAGAGCUGUAUCACCAACAGGGGGAACCCAGAGGUGAAGAGAAGUGCCGCAUCAUGUGAACGUGCGAAAACUCCCAACACUUCUUGCAGCAAGAAAAAUAUUCUGCCCGUUAGCAAUUUAGUUUUUGUACACGUACAUACGCAUACACACAAACAAAACCUAUAUGUAUAAGGAACGAAUACAAACUUACAAAUACAACUACAACAACAAUAACAACGUGGCUAUCCCCCGCCAGGCUGCCGGGGGAGAUCCGGUUGAUACUUAUAUUCUCGUUUUAAACCAACUGUGUAGCCAGGAAGAAUCGGCUGUAGCUAGAUCGAGUCCGUCGUUGCCGUUCCUCACAGAUUAUAAGAAUAAGUUAUAAUAAACAAAACCAACAACAACAGUAACAGCAACAGGAUCUAUAUAUUUUACUCUAUUCGAGCAAGUGGACAACUUUGUUACAAAUAGUAAAAAUCCAUUGAACUACCAGUUGCUACGAUAAAAAAAACUGUAGGCCUUAGUAGAAAAAAUCAGGACGCCAUCACAAACUACUUAUUCUCACACUGGAGAUGAACGGAUUCCCCUGCUAGAGGAGGACUAUUCCGUCUCGUAAAACGAGCAGCACAACCACUACUGAAAGCUAUAACUAAUUAAACAUUGUCUACCGUCUUCUUAACAACAAAUGAUUCAUGUAGCAUUAAGGUUUAAACAGAAAUGGAUCGAAGUAUAGCCUACAGCGCAUACUUAACACGAUAUGAAGUCGUCCUAUUAAUGCAGUAGAGAUUUAACCUAUGUAUUUAAUCAGGAAAUCAAUCAAUCACUAGAUGAUGUCCUAAGCUGAGGGAAUGUCAUUUUUCAUUGCCAUAUUUUUUUUUACAUUUUUUUCUAAAUUAAUUAUAUUUUCGUUUCUUUCCGGUUUAGUUUAAAUUGGCUUGAACAAAAAGUUUUGAUUUGUUUUUAGUUUACCUCAAGUUGUCAGAAUUUAUUUUCAAAGAAAAAAAGAAGUCUUUGGACCUUGUUGGACGAGAAAAAUCAAAACGUUUACCAUUUUCUCUUAAAAUCUAUCGAUUCACAUGUUGGAAACAAUUUCCAAGUUAAAGUGGCUUUUUCGAGCGUAAGUUUGUUGAUAUUUCACUCGUGAACUUUUUCAUUAUUAAAAGCUGUUAGUCCUAACUAAUAAUGUAGCCUGCCAGUGUUGAAAGAUGUGCAUUUGUAUUUUACUUCCUUUUCAUUAAUUGACAAUUUAUAAAACUUAAACUGAAUACAAAAAAAGGACAAAUCGAAUUAAAAGAAAAAUGUUAAUUUAGCAUGAAAAACUCCACCCGAAACAAGAUUUGUUGUUAAAUUUUGUCAGUCAUCCAUAUAAGUAUAAAUGAAUGUUCGUCAUAUUUUGUCGUUAGAAUAAAACUAACCGUCUUUACUUACACACUUUUGGAGAGAGAACAACAAAAAAAUGGUGUCAUCAGAAUAAAUUUCAUCUUUUCUAAUCAGUUAAUUAAAAAUCGGUUUAGGUACGUUAACUUGGUUUACCAUAUCUAACACAAAUCGACACAUAACAAAAGCAGAGAAAAAAAUCAUUCAAAUCGAAUUCUAACCCAGUCAACGAUACUUUUCGUUAGUAGGGAAUAUUUUGUUCAAAAGGAAUCAUGUAAGAAAGAUUUUUAAAUAAACAUAAAAGAACAACA